AUCGCCGAUGAAAACUAAAAUUUAUUCAGAAUAGUUGAACUCAGUUGAAAGUACCACGAAGGAAAUGAAAAAAGAAAAUUUGCUAAUAUUUUUCAUGUGUUAUGUGAAAGUCUAUCAAAGUGCAUCAUCUACGAAUGUUAUCGAUCAUUUCUUAGGAAUAGUCGAUACAAACAAUUUUGUCGAGAAAAGUAAUUCAAUCGUGGAUGGCGGAGUUUUUGUACCUUACAAAUCAACAUCAAUCGUAUAUAAGUCAAGAUUGGUACCAGUUACGUAUGGUUUUAUUAUAAAAAAGGAAACUUUGCUGGACAAUCCAGCUUUAUAUAAACUGGGUGUAAAAAUUCUUGAUGAAAAAGUUCAGACAACUUUUACAAAUGCAACGAACAACGCAGAGGAUAAAGCAAUUAAGAAGACUGAUCAAAAGAUACAUAAUAACGAUGCAAUUCUUGAAGCUAAAUCUAACUGUAGGUUCGGAUCAAGGAUGUUAAGACUUCUAGAAAAGCUAAACCAAGACGUGAAAAUGAUCAAGGAAGCAAUAGCAAAGAAUCAUACAGAGAAUUCUAGCCAAGGAACAACAAAUGACGAUUCUUUGAUACUUCAACCCGAACAAGAAGUGUCAGAAAACAAGGGAAUGUUGGAGAAAGAACCAAAAAAAGACACAAAUUUAGUUAAAAUCGAUUUAAUGAAAAGAUACAAAGAAUGUAGAAUAUCACACACGAGGAAACAAUGUUCUAGAUAUCAAAAUACUAAACAUCAAAAAAUAAUUAAGAAAGGGUCGAAACAAAUUAUUGAUAGGAAUCAUGGAACAAAAAAACGCCAGAAACUAAGUAUUGAUAGCAAUCAUGGAGGACAAAAAAACGCCAGAAACAAAGGAUUAAAUCAUGGUUUGCCACACUUUGCAAGACAUCAAACAAACCGUUUGUUGAAGCACCCAAAUCGAAAAUCAAAAGUUACAACUAAUGUUCACAAAAAACUUCUAACAAAAAACAAGGAAGAAGGUAAAAGACCUUAAGAAGAAAGGACGUCCAACCAACGUUAUAAAAAUUUAAUGACAAACACACAAAUAAAAGAAACGAGUUAAACACGCAAGUUAAUGUACCGAAAAAAAAACGGUAUUUAAUGACAGUACAACAAAAUUCAUCGUACCAACUAACCUGCCAGUAUUUUAUUCUAUCCAUGUCGUUAUGUUGAUUGUUUUUGCAAUGAAAGCAAACAUAUUCGCACAAUCAUCUAUCUAAGAUAAAAAUAAUACUUUUACUUGAAAAGGUCCUAAAGCUAAAAUAUUGUACAUUAAUAACAUAUUUGUACCCUUUUUAAAGUUGGUUUUCCCGCACCGUGUCCAGCUUUUGUGUCCACUAAAAUCAACAGCGGAUUGCUCUGAAGAAACAUUAAAACUGGUUGAGAAAACCUUCGUUGUUACAACCAUCAAAAAAAUUAUUGACAAAAAUAUCCUUACUUGAAUCUCCUGGCUGCCCAUAAUAUACUGCAGUUGCGCUAUGUAUUUAUAAGAAUGCAAAGGAACAACGCGAUCAUCGUGGUCAGCCGUCAUCAACAAGACUGAGGGAUAUUGAACGCCAGUUUCUGGUAUUUUGAUAUUAUGUAACGGAGAAUAGCUAAACAAAUAAUUACACAAUUUUUUCUACGAACUUAAAACAUUGAGUUUUAAAA